AUGGCGUCGAUAUCAGGACUCUCUAUGGCUGAGCUUAAUGCCGCCGCUCUCGACCAUUUCGUAUAUACACCCGUUGACAGCUCCAUGAUCUCAUACCUGGCUCAGGCUGCUUGUGAGGUCAUUCAGUGCGACCCUCACAUGAUGCCACCGCCACCGGCUCAGAGCAAAACACAAAUGCCUACUCCACCUCGGACACCCUCGCCAAAGGCCAUUCGGGUUGAUGACAGUGCUUUGCCGACGCUCGAGGAGUUUAUCACACAACUUGUCGUUUCAUCUAAUGUACAGGUACCCACUUUGAUGUCAACGCUGGUCUACCUCAACAGGUUAAAGUCUCAUCUGCAGCCGAUGGCAAAGGGCCUUCGAUGCACAUCACACCGCAUCUUUCUGGCUGCUCUAAUCCUUGCUGCCAAGUAUCUUAAUGACAGCUCACCCAAGAACAAGCACUGGGCCAACUACAGCCACAUCAACUCAGAUGGAUGCUCGUUUGGGUUCAGCCGAACUGAAGUCAACUUGAUGGAGAAGCAACUGCUAUUCCUACUGAACUGGGAUCUCAGAAUCACUGAGGAGGAUCUCUACCGAGAGUUGGAUGUUUUCUUGGCACCUAUUCGUGCUGAGAUCGAUGUCAAGUACGCUCGCCGCAUUCAGCGCAAGAGGGAAGAGACUCUCCGCAAACAGAGGGAGGCAGAUGCUUGGUCUGCAGCGACUCAAUUCCCUACGCCUCCAAGCUCGCGCGGGAACUCCAGGUCACGACAGCCGUCCCUGCCCGAGCAAGAGACCGUUCGCAUGGUACAAGAUGCUUCAACACCUCCUGGUCUGUCCUACAGCUCAGGAGCGAGCUCCAGCAGCUCGUACGCAUCAUCUAUUUCCUCUCGGCAAGACUCACGAUCUAGCACCCCACUUUCGGCACCAGAGGACCCUUACCUUUACGCCGAUGGGGAUCUCUACGAAUCACCUGUUGAGAUUGUCCUGGACAUGCCGCAGCCGGCUGCGAUCAGAAACUACAGGAAAGACGAUCAUCUACUUCCUUAUGAGAUCAGCGUGGAUGAGCUAAGGGAGAUGCAAGAGGGUGGCAGCAAAGCGAAGCGGGCACGGACAGGACGGGGCAUGUGGGGACGGAUGUUUGGCGGUGCCGUUCAAGUACGAUGA